AUGUAUGAAAAAAAAUCAUAAGCAGAUAGGCCAACAUUGAAGGUUUAAGAAAGAAAUUCAAAAUCAAUCACUCUAUGGAGCAAUAUAGAUCUUUAAAAUAAUUUGAAUUCUGUUCCAUCACUUUAUACUGUAGAAAUUUAAAAAACCUACCCAAAAUUUCAGUCAAGAUUUAAAUCAGUAAAGGCAAGAAUAAAUGUAGAAACAGAAACGGAAUAAUAAUAAUAAUAAUAUUAACUAAGUGAAUUAAUUAGAUUACAUACUUAAAUAAGCUCUAUAGAUCAUGAAGUUAAUUAAUAAAAAUCUUUCUAACCCUUAUUUGAAUGUUUUGAGCUGUUAAAUAAUUAAAUUGAUAGUUUGAUAUAAAUAAGAAUAGAGUAUAAUUAAUUAACAGCAUAAAAUGGAUAAUUAAAUUUUCCAUAGAUUGGUAUAGAAUUAGAAAAUACAUCUAAAAUAACAUUAUUGUCAGAAAAAAUUAAGGAUUGUAUUAAUUAACAAAAAUAAGUUGAAGAAAAACUUAAUUUAGAGAUUAAUUAACUAGAAUCAUAAAAAAAUGAAAUUAACCAAACUUUAAAUCCUAUAAAUGAUGAAGUUUUAUUACUGGAAAAAUAGUUAAAAAAUAUUGAAAAUUAAAACGGUUUUUUAAAUUAAUAAUCGAAUAAGAAAUUCUUUUAAUUGAGUAUUCUUUAAGAAUAAUUUAAUUGUUUUAAAAGAUGUUCAAAAUAGUUAUGUAUUCUAGUCUAAAAAUAAAAAGUUUAUGAUCAAAAUUAUGAACCUUAUUACAUUAUCAGAAAUUAAAAAUAUAUAGAAAUUAAUUCUAGAUCUGAUUAAUAAAUUCUUAUGUCUGAAAAUAAGAAAUCUUAAGCUUUCAUAUAAAAAAACAGUAAUAGAUUUGAUUAAAUUAUUCAUCGUAAAUAAUUCGUAAAUGAAGACUUAAGCUCUGAAUUAUUGAAGCAUACAUAUGUGUUUUUCAUUUAAGUUCUUUGUAAAUCUAUAAAAAAUUUAUAUAAAUCAUAUCCUUUUAAUAGCAAUGAAAUUUCAGCUAUAUUUUAAACAUAAAGAGUAUCUGAUGAUUAAUAUGUAAAGAUAAAUUAGAUAUUGAAUUAAGAGAAAAAAUGUGCAGAAGAUUAAGAUGUAUUUAAUUUCAUAUAAUCUUAUAGUCAAUAGUAAUGUUUAUAGUUCGUAAACCAAGUGAUUUUUUUUUAUAAUUUAUUGUAAAAGUAAUAGAAUGCAUGUAAUCUUUUGAAAAUCAAUUUUGUGGUUUAUCAGAUUUAAAUUUACAUUACAAUAUAUUGAAUUUUAAGGAAGACACAAUUCGAUAAAUAUUUUAAAGUCCUUUAAAAGAGUAUGAUAAUAAAUUGAAUUAGAUUAGUGUAAAAAAAUAUUGAUUUUAUUAGUUAAAUGUUUCAGAUUCUGAAAUAAUUUAAAUUAAAUUAGAAUUGAAAUUGAAACAUAAGUUAUCAAGAAAUAUUCAUUUUUUAUAUGUAAUUUAGGAAAAAAUAACAAAUCAAGAAGCAUUUUGUAGACAGUUUAAAGAUUGCUAUAAAAAGAAAAAAGGUCUUAAAGAUUAAAUAGGUUCUGUAUUAGAAUCUAUUAUAAAAGUAAAUAUAUUAAUAAUUAUUUUAAGAAUGCUGAUAAAUUCUUAAUAAUUACUGAGAUGCCAGAAAUGAUUAAGAUGACAUGUAAUUAAUAAAAAAAGUUAAAUUAAUUGAAAAAUUUAAUCCAUUUUUCUUAAACAAUGGCAUCAAAAAGAUAAUGA